CUAGACUUUCAAACAUUUCAAACUUGUAUGUCAGAUAUCUCUUCUAUAUAAAUUUCAAUAUUUUUUGUUUUGUUUUGUCAUUCAAGCCGGCAUUAAUUAUGAACUUCUUGGGAUUUGGGCAAUCAGCUGAAAUUGACAUCGUUUUUAAUGAUAGCGAAAAUCGGAAAUACGCAGAAUGUCGAAUAGAUGAAAGUGGCAAGAAAGAAAAACUCUUAUUGUAUUACGAUGGUGAAUCAAUAUCAGGAAAGGUUAAUGUAACACUUAAAAAACCUGGAACAAAACUAGAACAUCAAGGAAUUAAAAUUGAACUGAUAGGUCAAAUUGAACUAUUCUACGAUCGUGGUAAUCAUCAUGAGUUCCUGGCGCAAUUAAAAGAGCUUGCAAGACAUGGAGACCUUAUUAAAAACACCAGCUAUCCUUUUGAUUUUGCGAAUGUUGAGAAACCUUUUGAAGUGUACACAGGAUCGAAUGUUCGCUUAAGAUAUUUUCUUCGUGUCACCAUUGUCCGGCGUAUCAGUGAUAUUGUUCGUGAAGUUGACAUAGCUGUACACACACUCAGCAGUUAUCCGGAAUUAAAUAGCCCUAUUAAAAUGGAAGUGGGAAUUGAAGACUGUUUACAUAUAGAGUUUGAGUAUAACAAGUCAAAGUAUCACUUGAAAGAUGUCAUUGUUGGAAAAAUUUAUUUUUUGCUUGUUCGAAUCAAAAUUAAGCAUAUGGAAAUUGCCAUAAUUAAAAGGGAAACAACUGGAGCUGGUUCCAAUGUGUUUACAGAAAAUGAAACUAUAGCAAAAUAUGAAAUCAUGGACGGAGCUCCCGUCAAAGGCGAAAGUAUUCCAAUUCGCGUAUUUUUGGCUGGAUAUGAUUUAACUCCAACUAUGCGAGAUAUCAACAAAAAGUUUUCUGUUCGCUAUUUCCUUAACCUUGUGUUAAUGGAUACUGAAGAACGGCGGUACUUUAAGCAACAGGAAAUUACACUGUGGCGUAAGUCGGAAAAAUCUCGAAAGUCCCUUUCAAAUAGCGGAUCCGGUGCGAUUUCCGGUGGACUUGAAGCAUCCAACAUUCUAACAUUAGCUCAGCAAAAUGCUCAAAUGCCAACUCAUCUUGUUCAAGGAGCAUCAUUAAUUAAUUCUCCCAUCGUGAAAACAAUUGCAGAAGAUCCUCUUAGUUAUGAAGGUUCACCUGUUGUAGUAAACAAUGAUCAAACUAAUAUGGGAUUGUUUACGGAAGAAGAUAGUCCGCAUCAUGAAGCGACAAGAUCAAAAGCUCAAGCGCAUGCUUUUGACAUUGAUGGCAGAGAGAAAAUAUCAAAUAAAGAUGAGGAGGAAGGAGAAAACGAAGAAGAAGAAGAGCCUUCGAUUGCUUCCAAAGAAGCUCCAUUGCAAAUAAUUGGGGAAUCGUCAUCGCUUUUUGAAUUCAAUAACGAUAGUCCGCAAUCACCCUCAAAACCAACUGCGACUAUCAGCAAUUGCGAUGAAGUGAUGACUUCAUCUCAAACAGCUGAGUCAACUGGCCAUGAAGUCACUAAUUCCAGCACAAAACCUGACAUGAAUAACUAAUACGAAACAGUAAAAAAAUGUAUUAGAAAGUAAGAAUAGACAUGUCUUGAAAAAGAAAAUAUUUAAAAUGUUACAAAGAUAGUAAAAGAUGAAGAUUUAAUUGGAUCAACGACAAAGAUCAUUUCAUACGAGUUCUAAUCUAUUAAAAUGAUAAAAAAUGUAUGUAAAAGUACUAAAUAUUUUGAUUUACUUUCAAUAAACCUCAAAUAUUUCUUUGUAACAUCUCGUUAAGAACCCCAGAAGCUCUUAAGUUAAAUUGUUUUUCAUUAUUAUGAUGAAUAAGAUAUGCAUGUUUCUUAAAGAUGAUUAAUAUUCAUAUAUCUCGUUUUGAUGUAUUAAAAAAUAUUUUUUUAAUUUUCUUCUUUUUCUAAAAUGCAAAGAUUAUGUAAAAUCCUUUAAUUUUUUUCAUUUAUUAAAUCGAAAAUUCCAUUAUAAUUAUAUUUGCAGAUAAAUAAAAAAUUAUAAACAUUAUAAUGCUUGAUCUACGUUACAAACUAUCUAUUCAAUUAAAAGUUGUUAUGUUUCUAAAAAAAAGUUUCAUCUAAUCGUAACACUCUUGUAUGAAGUUCGAUGAAGGAAAGAGCUUAAUUAAUAAUUAUUAAAUGAUUAAAAAAUCAAUUAUAUAUAUAUAUAUAUAUCUAAAUAAUAUUUACUUUCCUAAAUAGGUUAUUUAAAAUUUUUCAAUCGAUAUUCUUUGACAUUAAUUUUUUACUUCUAUUAUUAAAUAUCUACCUAAAUAAGUUCAACUUUCUUGCUGAAGUAA